UCUGGUCGUGAAUCCUAAACUGAAAAAUGUUGAAAGACGCGAAGAUCCCCCUCCUUUCCCUCACCACCACCACCAUGUUCACCAUCAUCACACACCUUCACAGCAGCAAGGCUUGAGUCAAACCCAACAGCAGCAUCACAGAGAGCUCCAAAACAACACCAACAACCAUCGCUGUGCGCAUGGAGACCAGGGGAACCCUAGCGUGGAGGAAAUCGGGUAUUUCGGGGUGAGCAAACCGAGCGCCGUGAGAAAUUGUUGAAUAAAAGUGACAAGUAGGAUCGUCGCUCGUCUAACACGGUGGAGGAUCGGAUGGGCAGCAGGUACGACUCGUCUAAAAUCGGACCGACGAGUAACGACAACAACAACAACAUCAACAGCAGUAGCAGCAGCAGCAACAACGACGGCGGCAGUGAGUCGUCUCGAAGUGGGAACGGCUCAGGUUUUGAGUUUAAUCAUUAUUAUGGGGAUGGAAGAAGAGGAGGGCCUUGCUUUGAUCAACAUGGCGGACAACAAAGCCUUGGUGCUGUAACGCAUUCGGCACGGAACAACAUGGAUCAAAUGCAAAACUCGCACGAAGAGUAUCACAAUAAUCCGUACAACCACUAUCCGAACUACCGUUCCGGUUACGGUGGGGCUGGAUAUGGGAUGAUGAGCCCAUCGCGACAAGGAAACGCCAUGGGCCCAGGCAGUAACUCGGCUACAGCCGCUGCUGCUGCCGCCGCUGCUCAUGGUAAAGCUGCUAUGGCUUCUCCUUCUGCCCCGGCUGCUGCUACAAACGUCGGCGGGUUCCAGAGGUUUCCACCAGGCCAGAGUAAACAACAGCAGCACCCAUCGGGCGCCACGCCGACUUUAAAUCAGCUUCUGACCUCUCCAAGUCCGAUGAUGCGCGGUUAUGGCAGCGGCUAUCAAGAUUACAAUAAUAAUCCCUCGGUUCAGCAGCAGGCGACCAUGGGGCUCGGCAAAGACAUGGGCUCCCCGUACGGCUCCGCAAGCCACGGCUGGGGGGCACAACAAAGAAACCACCCGGCCAUGAGCCCUGGAAAUAACGGCCAAGGAAACAACAGACCCCAGGUGGUACCCAUGGACGCCAUGGCCAUGAAGCGGUCUCAGCUUUACGGCAUGACAAAUAGCCCUUAUUCUCAGCAGCCACAACAGCAGCAGCAGCAGCAACAACAGCAGUCAGGCGGAGCCUACUCCGGCCAGCCAUACGGAGCUCCCGCUCCACACCGAUAUCCAAUGGGAAUGCAGGGGCGUGGCCAAGUCAGUAUGGGAGCCCUGCAGUACCAUCAUCAACAGCAGGUCCCGGCGCAGUAUGGACAACAGGGCAUGGGGGGUUACUGCCAGCAGGGUCAGCCUCCAUACUUCAGUCCUCCUCAUCAGCAGCCUGCAGCUCCCUCUCAGCCUCACUACAUGCAACCACGAGCUCCACCGCAGCAGGAUGCUCCUCAGGAGGCGUACGGCAGCAGAGCCCAGCCAGCUAUGACUCCCGGGAAGCCCAACCACGAUGAGAUGGGCCUGAACCAGCAAGAACGGCCAUCCAGCCUUCCGGACCUGUCAGGCUCCAUAGACGACCUCCCGACCGGGACAGAGGCAGCACUGAGCUCAGCUGUCAGCGCCUCGGGUUCCACCAGCAGCCAAGGUGAGCAGAGCAACACGGCGCAGUCCCCGUUCUCCCCUCACGCGUCGCCCCGUCUCUCUGGCCUACGCAGCGGACCCUCGCCUUCUCCGGUCGGCUCGCCCGUGGGCUCCAGCCAGUCACGAUCCGGACCCAUAUCACCUGCCAGCGUACCAGGUACACAGAUAGCCCCACAAACACCAGGAAAUGUAUCAGAUGUGGCUUCUCAUUCAACCCUCAGUCAAUCGCCCAUGUCUCAAGAGAGGGGAUUUGCCUCAAAUCUGCAGCGCAGUGGCCCUGGCCCUCAGUUUGGCCCCCAGCAGCCUGGACCCUCCAUGUCCCCUCACCCAUCCCCAGGAGGCCCCUUGCACCAUAGCGUGGGCUCUUACCAGCAGGGCGGUCCUGGGUACGGGCCCCAGGGUGGGCAGUACGGCCCUUCAGGUAACUAUCCUCGUCUGCCCAGCUACGGCGGCGCUCCAGGCCCCAGCUACAGUGGCCCCGGGCCUGGGAUGAGCCUAGGUAUGAACGCCAGCAGCCCCAUGCACGGUCAGGGCCCCGGACAGCCCUGUGGCUCGAUGCCUGCUGCUAGGGGUCCCGCUCAGCCGGGCGGAGGACGUCCAUACCCAGCAGGCUCCAGUGGUGCAGCGCCCACGUCUCCCAGCAUGCCUCAGUCUGCAGGGCCCGGCAUGGGCCCCCCUCCGCCAACAAGCGUCCGGAAGCCACACGAAAGCGGCGCUGCUCCCUCACCACAGAACCCCCACGCACCCGGACCGGCUAGGCCUCCAUAUACCAGGUCCCCUGUGUAUCCUGGGGUACGUCCAAACCCUUUUACCCCCCCUCAUUUCCCUCAGCCCCAUACCAGUCUCUACACCAGCGACCCAGGCCAGCCUCAGCCCGAGCAUUAUGGGUCCGGUGGGUACCAAGGUGGGCCCUCAAUGGGUGGAAUGGGUCACGGAGGCCCCUACAACCCACCACAGAGUGCUAACUCGAGCCGGAUGAACCUCCAGGGACCACCGUACAGCACCAUGCCUUCGGGACCCAUGCCCAUGGGGCCCGGAGACGGCAUGCCUCCCACUGAGCCGAAACAGAGAGCAGAGAAGGAGGAAAGCAGCAUGGCUGGCAACGAACCACCAAAAUCGAAGGACAGCUCCAGCUCCCACUGUGUGUCUCAGCCCCCCACCCCGUCUCCCCUGUCCCCCAGCCCUGCUAGUCUGUCCUCUAAUCACGGCGAUGACAGUGACAGCAUUAGCAGCCCAGCCUGGCCAAAGACCCCAAGCAGUCCUAAGCCGAACUCUGCCACCAUGACGAACGAGAAGAUCACACGCCUGUAUGAGAUGGGGAACGAGCCAGAGAGGAGGGCCUGGGUGGACCGCUACCUGGCCUUCAUGGAUGAGAGGGGCACACCUGUACCCAACCUACCCGCUGUAGGCAAGAAGCCCCUGGACCUGUGCCGUCUGUACCUGUGUGCUCGGGACAUUGGAGGCCUGGCCAUGGUGAAUAAGAAUAAGAAGUGGCGUGAGCUCUCCACACUUCUGAACGUGGGAACAUCCAGCAGCUCAGCUAGCUCCCUGAAGAAGCAGUAUAUCCAGUACCUGUUUGCUUAUGAGUGUAAGGUGGAGCGUGGUGAAGAACCUCCACCAGAAGCCUUCAUCACUGAAAGCAAGAAGCAGCAGCAAGCCAAGAUCCAACCGCCAUCACCGGCAAACUCCGGUUCUCUCCAGGGCCCUCAGACUCCUCAGUCUACAGGCAGCAGCUCCAUGACAGAGAUGCCUGGGGAUUUAAAGCCCCCGACUCCGGCCUCUACGCCACACAGCCAUAUGCCCCUUCAGCAAAGUGGCAGAAACAGUGGCGUCAGUGUGCAGGAUCCAUUUUCUGAUAGCAGCGAUCCAGCUUUCCAAAAGCGAGCCAAUGUCCCACCUGGUAUGAUGUACCAGCAGGGAGGAGGGGGAAUAGAUACACGAAUGCAGUAUGAUGCCAACAAGGAGCCCUAUGGAGGUCAAAGGAAAGGUGGAAAUGACCCUUUCAUGCCAGGGCCAGUGCCAAGCAGCGGUAUGCAGGACAUGUACCCACGAGGACCCCCCCAAGGCAUGGGCAUGGGCAUGAGACCCCAGUACCCUUACAACCAAGGAUUUGACAGAAGGCCUGACCAUGCCAUGGGUUCAGAUGGUGGAAUGGUGCCUCCUGGAAAUCAGAACAACAUGAUGCCUUCCAACAGUGAUCCAAACAUUUACCCAGGAAACAGAUACCCUGCCCCUCAGAGGCAUGGCCAUGAUGGUUAUGGACAGCAGUAUCCUCAAGGCAUGCCAUACGGUGCACAUGGAAUGUACCCACAGCCACAGGGCUAUAAGAGACCUGGGGAAGGGAUGUAUGGCCCUCCAGCAAAGCGACAUGAGGGUGAUUCCUAUGGCAUGCAGUUCAGUGGGCAGCAGCCGGAUAUGUACGGUCAGUACGGUGGCUACCCGGAGCGCAGACCUAUGCAGGGGCAGUUCCCGUACCCCUAUAACCGUGAACGCAUGCCGCAUGGGGGACAAGGACCACCUCAGCAUGGCAUGAUGGGUGGGGGACCAUCCCCAACUCCCAGCAGCGGGCCCCAAGGUAAUAUGUGGCAUCCUAGGACUGAUAUGGUCUACCCUUACCCUAGCAGACAGGGCCACGGGCCUCCAUACCCCUCCAUGAGCCGUGCAGAUGACCCAGAGGGAAGAGCAAAUCAGGAUGGUCAGUGGCCGAGUCACCCGGGCCAACGUCAGUCUCCUUAUCCUCCCCAGUCGUCAUCUGCUAGCCCCAUGCCACCCAUGACAAACCGCCAACCGCCGUCCUCUUACCAGUCCCCUCCAGCCAUGCCCAACCACAUUGCUCGUGCUCCAAGUCCAGCACCAUUUCCCAGACCUAUGGGAGGUUCCAUGUCCCCCAAUAAGUCUCAUUUGAUGCCGUCUAUGAAAAUGCCAAAACCAGGGGUUCCUGCGUCUAUGCCAGGAUCACAGAGUGGAGGUGUCCCAGGUCAAGGCCUCCCACCCAUACACAGAGAGAUCAGCUUUCCACUGGAUUCCAUUGAGGCUACACAACCUCAGUUAAAGCCUCGUCGAAGGUUAACGUCCAAAGACAUCGGGACACCAGAGGCCUGGCGCGUGAUGAUGUCUCUGAAGUCUGGUUUGCUAGCAGAGAGCACUUGGGCUUUGGACACCAUAAACAUUCUACUAUAUGAUGAUAACACGGUGUCGUCUUUUACCUUGUCACAACUGCCUGGUUUCUUGGAACUUAUAGCUGAAUAUUUCAGAAGAUGCUUGAUUGAAAUCUUUGGAAUCCUGGAGGAAUACGAAGUGGGUACUGCGGGUCAGAAGACAUUACUCGGCCCCCUCCCAGAGCCAGCAGAGAAAGAGGAACUGGAGCUUCAGGAGCAUGACAUUCAUUCAAAUAUUGAGCAGGUAGACAAAAAACCUGAAUCAGUGUCUCAAAAGUGUGUCCCCAGCAGCACAUCUGAAGCAGAAGCUUUGGAGAAGAAGCCAGAAGAGCCAAUCGAGCAAAAGAUGGAGAGGCAAAACGAAGUGGGUAAGGAAAAUUGUCCUACCACAGAACCUAGGCCCAAGCAAGCUAGCAAGUACGACAGAUUGCCAGUGAAGGUGGAGGAGAGGGAAGCAAUCGCAGACCUGGUGGAAGACCGAUCAGAAGAGCUGGGCUUGGCUUCAGAGUUCACCAGUGGCCUGCUGCACUGGAAGGCUGGAGGAGGAGACUCAACUGCCCAUAUCCAGACCCACUUUGAUAGAAAAUUUGAGGAGACUGGGGCUAAAUCAUUAAUAAUUAAGGAUUUUGAGGAGGUUAAAGAACAAGACACUGUGGAUCGCUGUCAAGAGGAAUCCUCUCAUAAGCAAGACCAAGAUGUCAUAGAUAAGUGUCUGACAGUCACUGCAGAUGAUACAGGAUCUCUACCCGAGAGUGAGGCCCAAGAGUCCACUUUACAGAGCCAAGAGAACCACCGCAGUAUCAAGCUUCGGGAAGAUGAGCCACUUUGUUGGGACGAGGCACCACUUUCUACAGCCGAAGACUGGCAGGAUGAACUGGCUAAGCGCUGCAUAUGCAUCUCCAACAUAGUCCGUGGGCUCUCCUUUGUGCCAGGUAAUGAUGCUGACAUGGCACGGCAUCCAGGUCUGGUACUUAUACUGGGCAAGCUGGUGCUUUUGCACCAUGAGCACCCAAAGAGGAAGAGGACACCUUCAACCUACCAGCGUGAAGAGGAGCGAAGUCUUGCUUGUAGCAAGGAUGAGUGGUGGUGGGACUGUCUUGGUGCCUUGCACGAGAACACCUUGGUGACCUUGGCCAACAUUUCAGGGCAGCUUGAUCUGUCAAUCUAUCCUGAGAGCAUCUGCUUACCCAUUCUAGAUGGGCUUUUGCACUGGAUGGUUUGUCCUUCAGCUGAGGCCCAGGACCCUUUCAGCACGGCGAGCGGCUUCUCUUCUUUGACCCCACAGAGGCUGGUGCUGGAGUGCUUGUGCAAGUUGAGUAUCCAGGACUGUAAUGUGGACCUGCUGUUAGCAACACCGCCAUUCAGCCGUCAGGAACGCCUCUUUGCAACAUUAGUGCGUCACGUGGGCGAACGUAAGAGUCAGGUGUGCCGGGAAAUGGCCGUGGCUGUCCUUGCCAACCUGGCACAGGGUGAUCCAACGGCAGCGAGAGCCAUUGCACUUCAGAAGGGAAGUAUCGGGACCCUGAUAGGCUUUUUAGAGGACAGUCUUGCCAUGGCGCAGUAUCAGCAGAGCCCACAUAGCCUGCUACAUGCAGGACAUCCAACCCACCCAGAGCCACCCAGCAUCAACAUGAUGUGCCGGGCUGCUAAAGCUUUAAUGGCGAUCGCUCAGGUUGAGGAGAACCAACCUGAGUUUGUGUUGUAUGAGAGCCGCCUCCUGGACAUCACGCUGUCGUCCGUGCUGAACUCUAGCGUGGCUGCCAUUUUAUGCGAGGUGCUGUUUAAGCUGGGACGCUCGUGACACGAGCAGUAGCCUGGCAGUGCUGAAAAUAAGUGGGACAAGCCACAAGUUGAGAUCCUUGGUGUUAUAUUUUUAUUUAAAUAAAAAAUAAAUAAAUAAAAAUACAAAAAAUGUUUUUACUUACAAACAGUUAUAUAGAGAAUAUAUAUAGCUCCUCUACCCCCCUUUUUUCAUUUUGGAUUUUUAAAUGAUUUUAAUACAAAUAUUUAAUAUUUCAUGUUUUUUUUUUUUCUGUUUUUCUAAGCUUUGUUUUGUGUUCCAUUUUUUUAGUUCCGUUUUAACCAAAGUUGGCAUCUGUUAGAUACUCUUAGUUUUCAAAAUGUUUUGCUCUUAAGAUUUUUUUUUCAUUGUUUGUGGCUGUUUCUGGUGGGACUUUGUUUAUUUGGGGAUGCACACUUAUUUAAAUUGUGAGAUGUGUUGUAGAUAGAACUUUUUCUUGCAACGUGUUAAAGAAAAAAAAAAGAAAAAAAAAAAACACUGAUUUACUGAAGAUAUACAUGUAUCCAGCUCUAAAAAGCAUUGUGCAAUUGGGUGUAGAUGGCUUGUUGUAGGGGAGAUUACCAAAUGUGAAUGACUCUUUACCACAGGCAAUAUUAAAAUCUGAUAACCAGUAUUGCACUGCAUAACCAAACCAGUAUGUAAGGGUAAAAUAUGAGCUGUUUUUUUUGUUUUGUUUUUAAACUUACUCGCUUCCACCAGUAUGACCAUUAGACAGCAGGAUCAACAAAAACGGAACUCUAAAGCGCUUCAGUUACCACUUCUCUUCAUUCAACUUCUGGGCUGAUUUGUGUAUAUAUGAGCUGUAUAUUAAAAACAAGCCCUGUUCACUUUUUAUUUCUCCAAGAGACGUGAUAUUAUAAGUGAUGGUAGUCGAUGCUAAUUAUUAACAACGGUUCUGUCGAGGGUAGUCUGCUGUUGUGUAGGAGGUUCCUGCAUGGACUAUACUACACACAAUUCUGUAUAACGGAUAAGAAUAAGUCUCUCAAACAGCUUUGGAUGUCUGGCUUAAAAAAAAAAAAAAAAAAAAUUAAUAAAAGACACAGGUUCAUCAAAAAGUCAGUCGGUGUAACUGUAAUCCAGCAAAAUUUGAAGUUAUCCCAAAAAUGACUUGAACAACAAUUCUGACAAAUGUACAACUCUGAACUUUUUUUUUCAUGCCAUAUGAUUUGAUGAACGUUGUUUAUUAGUAUAAAGUCUUUAUACUACAUGUUCCACAUGUUAAAGUAAAUGUACAUGAAAUCUG